AUGCCUCGGAAGACAGCUGUCCCAGGACGCUCGACGCCCACUUCGGGGGUCCCAAAAGCCAAGAAGCAAGAUUCGAAGAUGGCAUGCGAGGCAUCGGCCCAGUCGUUGAAAAAGUUCAGGGACUCCCAAACCGACUUCCAAACCGACUGUUUCGAGUUGCUGAAAUUCCACGAGGGCAACAAUCCUGACAUUGAGUGGCAACCCUCCGACGGAAUCGGCGCAAACGCCAUUCUAUGGAGAGAAAAGGCCGGGUUGAAACUAGUCAAAUCAGUAUCUUUCACUGAACACGGUAUGGUCCAAUUCCCACCAGCUAAUACACGGCUCUGCGACGAGCUGGUCUACCUGGCAACCAAAACCCUACCUGUCGAGCAUCGAGCCCGAAAAUACCCAUACGACUUUAACAAACGCGGCGACAUCAACCCAGACCGCGUGCCCUCAGGUGCAGCACCCAUUAUCUGGGCCCAUGGGCUGCCCUUCUUCCCCGUCUUCAAAGGCUACUACAUUCUCUGCGGUCGUGAGCACGCAGCCUGCAUCGGCUGGCUGAUAAAUGAGUACGACUCAAGCGUCACGAAGAACCACCCAAGGUGGUCCAUUGGCGCAGUCAUUGCACCGGAAUCUGCAGCCCGGGCUCCUCACACAAUCGAUCGCCAGAUGAGCGUGCACAAGCCUUUUGGACAGGACGUCGAGAUUUGCUGUCGGGGCUCGCGUGAAUUUCGCGAUGUUGUCUCGGCUGAUCAUCACCACUGCGCGGUUGUCCCUCAUCAUAAUCGUGCCAUACUGCUUUGUCCGUUGUGGGCGUUCCCCGGUUACAAUGCCCGCUGUGGCCCGCCAAAUGAUUAUGGUGAUGCUACGACUGUCACGAAGUCGUUCUUCGAGAGUAAGGGUUUGGGAAACAGAUACCCGACCCUGAUUCGUCCCUAUUCCAAUAUCUAUUCCGAUGAACUAAAGGUCUUGGCUGAGUCGGAUGAUGCCUGUGGCUCUCGAAAUUUUGAUGGUCAUGAUGAAAACGUGGACAUGGAGAUUCAGUCUCCAAUGGAUAAGGGCCAUGACACAGUUCCUGCUUCACCUGCUGAGGUCCAUGCAUCUGAAACCCCAGACAAUGCCAUGGUAUGCGUCGAAGCACAGGAAUCUGUGUCAAUUGAUGAUGACAAGGACACAGUUCCUUCAUCGCCUGCUCAUACCCAAGGCUCCCCAAGGUCGAAUGGUUUCAUGGAUAUGGCGGAAACCCAGGAUCCUGUGCCAAUGGAUCUAAGCAGUGAUCAGGUUCAUUUCCAGCCAGCAGAACCUUUCCAUGCUGAUAACUCAACUGUGGAAAUGAACAUCAGCACUCCCCCCAUCAAUCACGUUGCUCAAAUCACUGAGAGCCACAUGGAACCGACUGCCAAUCAGCAGGUUGGUCCCUUGUCCGGACAAGAGGUGCAGCCUUGUCUUGGGCUAUCGUUUGGCCUUGAGUCGUCCCCUGAGCCUGCUCUUCCUCCUAGACUCGAGCCAUCCCUCCGAGUCGAUUUGCUUCCUGAAAUGGACCCGUCUUGA